AAAUCAGAACGGUUAGGCCCCAUCUGGUCAUGCUUCGGAGCAGAAUGGGUUGAGCUCCGCAGGUUGGCAUAGCCCGGGUUGAACGGGGCAGGCAGACGGGGAUGCGGAACCGACAGUGUCUGACCCCGGAAUUUAAAUGCUGGGUUUGGUAUUCAAGCUCAAUUUCAUGUCUCGUCCCCUUUCCAAAGCCGCGGGGCGGGUACCGCGUUCUGUUCCUGAGCUGGUUCCCUUCCCGCGCCCGCAGGUCCGAGAAGCCCAACUGGGAUUACCACGCCGAGAUCCAGGCCUUCAGCCACCGGGUGCAGGAAAACUUCGCCCUGGACCUUCUAAAGACUGCGUUUGUUAACCCCUGCUACAUCGAAAGCGAGGAGGCGAGGCGCCGGCAGCUGGGGCUGGACAAGGACGCGGUCGCCCUUCAGCUCCAGGACAACAGCGGUCUGGCGGAGCGGGGGCUGCGCUUCGCCCGCGCUUACCUGGCGCAGUGCUUUGAAGGCGCCUACCCAGAGUUACCGGCAAAGGGCAUAGAAGCAUUGGUCAGUUUUCUUACCAGUCAGGAACUUGUCUCUUAUGUGGCUCAAAACCUGUCCGUACAGGACCUGGCGCUUUGCAGGGAUUUUCCUGCCCCACCAGACGUGCUGCAGAGGACGUUCCUCGCCGUGAUAGGAGCCCUGCUGGAAAGCAGCGGGCCCGAGAGAGCCGGCAUCUUUGUCAGGGACUUUUUUAUUCCCCAGCUGAUUGGAAAAGACCUGUUUGAGAUCUGGGAAGUAGUAAAUCCUAUGGGCUUACUGCUGGAAGAACUGACCAAGAGGAAUAUCUCUGCUCCAGAACCAAGAAUUACCAGGCAGCUGGGAGUCAACACGGUUCUGCCAGUCUACUUUGUUGGGUUGUACUGUGAUAAGAAGAUUUUAGCUGAAGGCCCUGGUGAAACACUGCUGGCUGCAGAGGAGGAGGCUGCACGUGUGGCACUGCGGAAGCUCUAUGGAUACACAGAGAACAGGAGACCUUGGGAUUACUCAACACCCAAACAAGGAUUGGCAGCUGAAAAGGCAAUCAGCAGUAACUAGAUGCUAAAAGACAUUUCUCCUGUGUCUAUCUUAAAAAUCAAUGGUUUCCAUGCUGAAUAUAGGUGUAUUUGGAAAAGCAAAAUAGUUUGUUUUUCUGGUCUUCAGUGCUUGAAACUUCUGAGUCAUAUAUGGUGUUAAAUAAAGUCUUUUCCUUUU